AUGAAGGACUUCACCGAAAUCACGCUUUGCCCCGAGGCUCUGGACGGCAGCAAGACCGAGUUCUGCAACCCCGUGUUUGAGGGCGAGGAGCCACGGGCGGAACCGAGUGUGGAGCACCCGCCAGACAAGGAUGGGACCGGCCCCGCACCACGCCGGGACGGCCUCGGCCAGCAGCUCUGGGCACAGGUGGGCUGGAGGUACCGCGCCGACUGCAAGUUCACUUGGCUCUGCGUGGCUCUGAUGAGCACCAUCCUGCUCUUCCUCAUCGCCCUCCUGCUCGGCAUCGUCAUCCACCAGCUGACAUCCCCACAUCCCCCCGGCGCUCCGGCCACUGCCCUACCUGCCCGUGGCACUGUCACCACCACCACAACACCCAUCCGAAGGGACCCCCCGGUCCCCAAAACAGCCGCCACCCCAACCGAGAGCUGGCUGCCCACGGCCCGCACAGCAGCACCGGCCUGCGGAGGGACCCUGCGGGGCCCCGAAGGCUCCUUCAGCUCCCCCAACUACCCCGGUCCCUACCCCCCAAACGCCCUCUGCAUCUGGCGCAUCGAGGUGGGCGCCGGCCUCGCCAUCCAGCUGAGGAUGGAGACCUUCAGCGUGGAGGGCACGGCCUCCUGCCUCUUCGACCGCCUGGAGCUCUACGAAGAGCUUGGCACCGGCGGCACAGCCCCCGCCCCAGCUCGGGGGAGCCCGACCAGGUUUUGUGGCAACGUGCCCCCCCCGACCUUCAACACCGACUCCAAUCGCCUGCGGGUCACCUUCGUGUCCGACAGCAGCGUGGGCGCCCAGGGCUUCAGCGCCCGCUACCGCGCCGUGGCCCCCGCCGAGAAGAGCUGCGCCUGGGACGAGCACCUGUGUGACCAGGGGCUCUGCCUCCAGCUGGGCUUCGUGUGCGACGGCUUCCACGACUGCACGGACAGGAGCGAUGAGGCCAACUGCAGCCUGAAACACAAAGAAUGCGGGGGGCCGCUGACCGCCUUGGAGGGGCACUUGUCCACCCCGAACCACCCCCAGCCAUACCCACACCAGCAGCUGUGCCUCUGGCAGAUCUCCGUGCCCCUGGGCCACGUCAUCGACCUGCACUUCCACAACUUCAGCCUGGAGUCACACGAGGACUGCAGCUUCGACUUCGUGGAGGUGCACGACAGCGCGGGCACGGGGACCGCCAGCCUCAUGGGCAGGUUCUGUGGCCACCAGCUGCCACCCACCCUGACCUCCUCACGGCAUGUCAUGACCAUCCUCUUCGUGGCAGACGAGGGAGUUGCAGAUGAUGGGUUCUUUGCCACCUACCAAGCCCGCAAUGCCACAGAGAAGACCUGCAGCCCCGCGGAGUUUUCCUGUGGGAAUGGCGAGUGCCGGGCGCUGGAGUCUGUGUGUGACGGCUGGCACGACUGCCCUGACGGCACCGACGAGCUGAACUGCACCGGGGUGUCCUACCCUGCCUUUGGGUCUGUCUGCGAGCCCGUGGAAGUGGAGAUGUGCCUGGGGCUGGGCUACAACGCCACCUCCUUCCCCAACAUCUGGCUGGCCAUCCCGGACCAGGAGGGAGCUGCAGAGGUGCUGCAGGACUACCAGACGCUGAUGGAGCUGGCGUGUUACCAGCACCUCCGCCUGCUCAUCUGCAGCCUCUUCGUGCCCAAAUGCACCCCGGACGGGGGGGUGCUGCAGCCCUGCCGGGCUGUGUGCCUGGCGGCGGAGCUGCGCUGCCAGCAGUCCCUCGGCCUCCUCGGCAUCCUCUGGCCCAUCAACUGCAACAUCCUGCCCGAUUCCAAUGACCCCGUAGAGUGCUUCCAGCCCUGA